CACCCGGAGCAUCUGCGGAACCGUAAAAUCGCCAAUUGUUUACUCAACCCCAAGCCCCCCUGGUCCAUCCUCCGUGACGUCGUCGGAUGCAAGUCGGUCGCCCACGAGACAUUAUCCCAGGUAAUAGCUGAAGAAGCUCCUGGUUCUUGCGGUCCAGGUCGAGCUGUGAUUAAAUCCACCCCCCACCCGCUUUCUACAAAUUCCCCUGACCGCGCGCGAUCGUUGGCUGUGACCUCUCCCCUCCACCACGACCUCCGAUCCGACAAUUCUUCGCGCCACAGCCCUCAGAAAUCCUACACUUUGCCCAGGUGCUUGGAAUGGUGCAUGCCUUUUGAGGCAUAGUGGCACUAGACCAGACGAUGUCGUCCAGUCCGAAUCGCGGAUCCAAAGCGUCCGGUACCAACAGUCGGCCUACGAGCAAGGAUGGUUCAAAGAAGAAUAUUUGGUCCUCGUUGCUAGAUGGUGUCGCCAAUGGAAAGCGCUUGCCGGAGAAAAACUUGUUGAUUCUAGGGGGUACACCGGAAAGCCAGAGGGACUUCUUGGAGACUUUCUCGGCGGACACUUCGGCAGACCCUGGUUUGUUAAAUGAUAAAAGGAAAGGAAAGACGCCUCCAAUCGCCAAUCAGUUUGCCUUGGGAUACACAUAUCGAGACGUACUUGAUGCCGAUCAAGAAGAUACGCUGGCACGUGUGUCGGCUUACCUUCUGUCCGAACCCUCUCCGUCGUUCGCUCCUCUCCUCAAACCGCUUCUGACCCCUCAAUCUGUUCCCGAAACGCUUGUCGUCAUUCUCCUGGACUGGUCAGACCCAUGGACGUGGAUUCGGCGGCUACGAGAAUGGGUGCGCCUUCUCCGCUCCGUGCUGGUAUCGCUCGAGGAUGAUACCAAGAUAGUGAUGGAGGAGACCAUGACAGAGUGGAGAGACCGCAAGCGAGGCAUGGAUGCUGGCUCUGCAGCAGCGGGAGGAAUUUCAAACUCCGGAGGCCCUGUCACAAUACCUUUGGGCCCUGGCGAGUGGGAUGAGGGGUUGGGUAUCCCGAUGUGUGUCGUUUGUCAAGGAGCGGACAAGAUCGAAAAGCUGGAGAAAGACCACGGCUGGCACGAAGAGCAAUUCGAUUUUAUUCUCCAAUUCCUGCGGACGAUCUUGCUGAAGCACGGCGCUUCGCUCAUUUAUACAACGCCUUUCCUCGCCAACUCUUUGCAGAGCCUGAUCCACUCCUCCCUUGGUAUACACUCUCUUUUGAAACGACAAUCAUUAAAACAUAAUGUUAUCGACCGCGAUAAGAUCCUAGUCCCCGCCAACUGGGAUUCUUGGGGAAAAAUCCGAAUUAUUCGCGAAGGAUUCGAUAUGGAAGGAGUAUCAACUGCCUGGUCAAUUGAAAUCCAAGAUGCACCUGAACCGCUCGAGCCAUCCCAAGAUGCUGGCCAACAGAGUGAGAACGCUGAGGACGGCACCAGUGCCGUAUUGGUCUUUGAGCAAACUAUUCAGGAUCCCAGGCGCGACAACAGUAUUGCUCAUCCUGCUACUGCCAACGGAAACAAGAUCGAAGUCGAGACCUCAGACAUGCAGGGUUUCCUCGCCAAGCAAGUUGAGCUUCUAGAGCAACUUCGCGCCGAUGACGACAAGGAACGAUCUAGCCAGCCUACCCCACAGCUGGAAAUGUCCCCCAUGGAGGAUGAGGGCAGAGUCAAUGAGCACAUCGGUCCUGUGCAAUUCAAUAUGGGUGGCAUCCAAGUUGAUGCGGAGGACAUGUUGAAGAAGCUAAAGGACCGAGAAGCCAGCCGUGCGCAAAAGAAAGAAGGCACGCCUACGAACCCAGGCGACGAGAAAGCUCACAACCAAGCAUUGGCAAACUUCUUCGCCGGCCUCGUCAAGAAGCCCGGCGCCAGUCCUCGCGGAAGCCCGUCCGGUUGAGCUGCAUUCCACCUUUCCCUCCUUGGGCUGUAUUUUAGUGCCGUGGGCGUACAUAUGACAGAAGUCAGAGACUUGAGCAUCGGCGACCCACCCUCUGAUCUGCCGAUGGCUUGUGCAUAAUUUUCCAUUUUCCCUACUGUGACUUUCUUAUGGCUUUUCGCGGGGUGUUAGAUAAUGAUACCAAUAUGAAUUGUCUUUGUGUUGUUGUGUAU